AUGACGGCGUCUGCUGCUGGUGCUGGUUCUUCAAGCUUGGAUCGCCUUGAUUCUGCACUGAAAGGCAUAAAGCAUAGCUCGAUCGUCCUAGCAAAAGUCACAGAUGAUUGGGAAUUUUUGCGAAAAAUUUGGAAAUCUGCUCGGAAGGGGAUUUAUGCUGAGAAGAAGAAUGUCCACAUCUGCCUCAAGAUUGAAGCUACAGCUGAGGAGAUUGUCCAGGAAAUUAUUUUUCGUUUCCGUGAAAAAAAGAUGGUGGAUGAUCACCGUGUAAACGAUGUAGAAUUCCUAAACGAAUUAGCCCUUGAUUGUGGGGAAAGAACCAAGCUUUUGAUUGAUGAAAUUGGAGAAGCUCUUGACCAUUUGUACUUGAUGUGGUCAAGAGGCGGAGGCGGAGGCGGAGGCGGAGGCGGCGGCAGCAGCUCAUUUGUACUUGAUCUCGACUUCUGCAAAUAUUUACUACUACAUGUACGAUUAACUGUGUCCGCAAUCGGCCAUAUGGCAGCUAAGCACUGGGGUUGUGAAGAUUCUAGUGUAAAGAUCCAUUUCCGUUCCUUGUAUGAUUGUAUAAGCUACAUAGAUUAUUACCUUGUUCCAUCAUUUGAUGCCCGCAAAUUCUUGGGAUUUGGAGGAACAACAGAUAACGUGCUGCAGCAUACUUAUCAUCGUUAUGAUGCUCGUGGACUGCCUAGCUUUGAUGCUUGCGUUGGCCAUGUUUUAUCCCUGGUCCUACAAAUUGCAAACCGGUGUAGCGAUUACUGGUUAAAUUGCAAGGCCGGUCGAAUCCAAGUGAUGAAAGGAGAACUGAUUGAGUUCCUGGUCAAUUUGUACCGUGAAAUUCAUCCUAGUAAUCCCAAAUUCAUGCGUUUUCUUCUCGAUUUCCUUAUGGCUCGCUCCACUGAGAAGGCUGCGUUGGUGAAUUUUCUGGAGAGUUUUUGCCACUAUCUCUUCUUGGGUGAAUAUGGACAUUUUCGAGCAGAGGUGUUCCCCCUAUUACAGCUUUUUCUCUGCACCACUUCUAUACUAGAUGAUGAGGACGCAGCACCAAUUUUCAUUCCAGAACUUCAUGCUGUGCUAGUUGAGAUGGCAUCUAUAUUCGAGUCAACUGGCCGUGUGCUAGUAGAGGUGGCAUCUCUUGGUUCUGAGUUACUUUCAAAAAUUUGUCUUCUCGAGACAGAGCUUUUCCUUGUGGUGCAAAUCCACAGCAUGAAAAACAAUACAAACGCUUCUUCCUUUUCCUUCAGUAUGCUUCCUGGUUUUGAAGAUGUCAUGGACAAAUGUAGACAAAUCCCCGAAAGACUGCAGAGAUAUUCCGAGAAGUUGCCCAUAAAAACAAGAUCGGAUUGGAAAAAGUUGUUGGCACUGAUUGAAUCAACAUUCGAGGAGGAAAAAUCUCUUUAUAAGUCAUCUAUGCUCACGGAAAUCACAGCGUCCACGCUGAAAAACUCACUUAUGCUACUUCGUUCUAAGAUUGUGAUAUUCAAGGGAGAGUCAUUUCUGAUGGAGCCAUUACUUCCGAAGAGCAGGAAUGAUGAUAGGCUUACGGUUCGUGAAAAAGAUCUCCUUGAACUCUUCCUUCAGAGGGUUGAGUAUAUCAGGCAAAUUCCCUCAGAUGAGAUAAUUAAGGUCAGAGAGGACGUAUUAGGAGCAAUUGGAGAAUCUGUUAGGAGACUGACAUGUUUCUCUUACUAUUUCCUUGACACACAAGAUGAAAUGACCAGCCUUUCUUUUUCUGAGCUGUUAGAUAAGGAGACGCAUUUUAUCAAGGCGAAGAUCACAGAUAUUAUUCCUAAAUUUCCAAGGUUUGAUUUCCCCAAGACUUCCAGUCUGAAUUUCAUUGAUUUGCUGUGGAGAAACCUUGGGGAUCUGCUGAAAUAUAAUCCUGCAUCAACUGCAUUGGCGAAGCACCACAUGGAAGAGAUUCAAAUACAUCUCCAAUCGUUGAGGUCUUUUCUCGAGAAUGUUUCACAGUUGCACAUCAAGGAGAAUCCAGAGCUAGAAGAUCUCGUUAAUCGAGUCAUUGAUGCGGCAUAUAAAGCGGAGUACAUAAUUGAUUCAAUUGAGGUUGAUGCUCAAUGGCAGGACUACUUCUGGUUGGACAAUGUGCUGGAGGAGUUAAGACUUCUUAGUGAGAAUGCCGGGGGAAUUCAUUUGACUACCCCUGAUGCGGAAGUCCAAGAUUCCAAGAAUGUCACCCAGGUUUCAUUUGACAGGUUAUCGAGAAAGAGAACACCAGCUAUUGACGAAAUUGUGGUGGAUCUCAGCAAUAGAGAAAACGAAAUUCGCAACCAGCUUAUUAGAGGAUCCUCAAAGCUGGAUAUUGUUUUUAUUGAUGGAAUGCCUGGUUUAGGCAAGACAACAUUGGCGAGGAAGGUGUACAGCAGUCUUAGUGUCGCGAGUCACUUCCAUCUUCGCGCAUGGUGCACUGUUUCCCAAGAAUAUGAGAAAGGGAGAUUAUUGCUGGAAAUUCUAGCAGGGAUUCAUGGGCUCACGGAAGAGAUUCGCCAAAUGAGGGAUGAAGAACUCAAAGAUAAAUUGCGCAAGUCGCUACUGAAAAACAAAUAUCUCAUAGUUAUGGAUGACAUUUGGGAUGUUGGAUCGUGGAAUGACUUGAAAAACUCAUUCCCAGAUGAUGCAAAUGGAAGUAGAAUUCUGUUCACCAGUCGCCUCCGUAGAGUGGCCAUGGAAAUUAAACCAGAAAGUAAUCCACUUUCUCUUCCAUUUUCUCAUGAGGAAAGUUGGCAGCUGUUAGAAAAGAAGGUAUUCAAGGAAGAAUGUUGCCCCGAUGAGCUGUUGGGAAUCGGAAAGGAAAUUGCUUAUCACUGUCAAGGAUUGCCUCUUGCUGUUGUUGCUGUUGCUGGUAUACUAAAAACAACAGGGAAAAGCCAAAGUUCAUGGAAAAGAAUAACAGAUACCUUGAGCUCACAUAUAAUUGAUAAUCCAGAAGCUCGGUGCAAAGAAGUCAUAGAUCUCAGCUACAAACACUUGCCAGAAUAUCUUAAAUCAUGCUUUCUGUAUUUGGGAGUUCUUAAUGAAGACAGAGAUAUUCUUGUCAGCAAGUUGAUACGGUUUUGGAUAGCAGAAGGUUUGGUACCAGAAACUAAGAAGAAGGGCUUUGAAGAUGUUGCAGAGGCUUUCUUGAUGGAUCUGAUUGACAGAAGCUUGGUGAUAAUCUCCAAAAGAAGAUCCAACGGCAAGGUUAGAGCAUGUCGCCUCCAUGAUCUUGUCCUUGAUUUCUGCAAGUCUAAAACCAAGGAUGAGAACUUCUUUCAGCUGGUAACCAGGUCUGACAAUCCAUACACUUCUUUUCCUAGUACAGAUUAUGGUUUCGAAUUUGAUUUUUACCAUCAUUCAUCUGCUGCAUCAUUUGCAUCCUAUCGGUUGGCUAUAUAUUUGAAGCGAAUCCACUUUGUUGAAUCAAAACCUUCUGGCUUGGCCACCCGUUCUUUGGUGUUCUUUGCGUCUAGAGAUUCUAAACCAGAACGGCCUUAUGAAGUCUCAUUCAUUUGUCACAACUUCAAAUUGCUUAGGGUCUUGGAUUUUGAAUGCUUCAAUUUGGGUAUUUCACUUCCUAUAGAAAUUGGAAUUCUGGUACAAUUGAGAUAUUUAGCAGUUGGAGGCUAUUUGAAGUCCAUUCCACAGUCGAUAGCCGACCUCAGGAAACUGAAAACUCUAAUUGUUAAGGGAUUAAGUGGUAAGAUCACCUUACCAAAUACCAUCUGGCGCAUCACAAGUUUAAGGCAUCUUCAUGUCAAUCUCCAUGUUGCUUUCGACUCAGAUGCUGAAGAGCUUGGUGAUAGCUUUAUAUUAGAAAAUUUGGUCAGUUUUUCCUGCCCAUCUCUUUCUUGUGGUGAAGAUGCAGAAAGGAUUAUAAAGAGGCUUCCAAAUCUUUGCAAACUGAGUUGCAUAUUCUAUGAAUCACCAGAUUCUUCCAUGAACUGCAAUCAUUUUCCGAGAUUGAACUGUCUCACUCAUUUGGAGUCACUCAAGAUAUUCUACUAUGGAAGCCCUCUUAACAAUGGCGAGUUCAGCCUCCCUUUGAAUCUAAAGAAAUUGACUUUAUCAAACUUUCGCCUUCCAUGGAGUCAUAUCUCCACAAUUGGGAGACUACCAAACCUAGAAGUCCUCAAGUUACUUUCUGGUGCCUUUGAGGGGAAGAUAUGGGACGUGGAAGAAGAGUUUCAGAAUCUUAAGUUCUUGAGCUUAGACAAUUUGAACAUUGCUCAAUGGAAUGCCUCUUGUGAUGAUUUUCCCAAGCUUGAAAGACUUCUAUUACAAAAUUGCAAAGACCUUGAAGAAAUUCCAGAGGACUUUGGAAACAUAUAUACAUUGGGAAUGAUUGAAGUGCAUUGGUGUGGAAGAUCUGCAGAAGAAUCUGCAAAGAAGAUUGAAGAAGAAUAUGGAGAUAUUGAAGUCCUUAUUAGGAAAGCUCGGUGCAAAGAAGUCACAGAUCUCAGCUACAAACACUUGCCGGAAUAUUUUAAGUCAUGCUUUCUGUAUUUGGGAGUUCUUAAUGAAGACAAAGAUAUUCUUGUCAGCAAGUUGAUACGGCUUUGGGUCGCGGAAGGUUUCAUACCAGACACCAAGAAGCGCUUUGACGAUUUAGCCAAGGCUUUCUUGAUGGAUCUAAUUGACAGAAGCUUGGUGAUAAUCUCCAAAAGAAGAUCCAAUGGCAAGGUUAGAGCAUGUCGCCUCCAUGAUCUUGUCCUUGAUUUCUAUUAUGAUUUCGAAUUUGAUUUUUACUGUCAUUCAUCUCCUGUAUCAUUUGCAUCCUCUAGGUUGGCUAUAUCUUUGAAGCGAAACCACUUUGUUGAAUCAAAACCUUCUGGCUUGGCCACCCGUUCUUUGGUGUUCUUUGCAUCAACAGAUUCCGAACCUACAUGCCCUUAUGACAUUUCAUUCAUUUGGCACAUCUUCAAAUUACUUAGGGUGUUGGAUUUUGAAUGCAUUAAUUUGGGUGUUUCUUUUCCUGUUGAAAUCAGACUGCUUCUCUUCUUGAGAUAUUUAGCAGUUGGAGGCUACAUGCGAUCUAUUCCACAUUCGAUGGCCAACCUCAGGAAAUUAGAAACUCUUGUUGUGAAGGGAUUGCGUGGUAAGAUCAUCUUACCAAAUAUUAUCUGGUGCAUGACUUGUUUAAGGCAUCUUCAUGUCAAUGUUCAUGUUGCAUUCGACUCAGAUGUUGAAGAACUUGUUGAUUGCUCUGAAUUAGCAAAUUUGGUCAGCUUUUCCUGCCCAUCUCUUUCUUGUGGUGAGGAUGCAGAAAGGAUAAUCAAGAGGCUUCCAAAUCUUUGCAAAUUAAGUUGCAUAUUCUAUGAAUCACAAGAUUCUUCCACCAGUUACAAUCGGUUUCCAAGGUUGAAGUUUCUGUCUCAUUUGGAGUCCCUCAAGAUCUUUUACUACGGGAACCCUCUUCACAAUGCCGAGUUCAAUCUGCCAUUGAGUUUGAAGGAAUUGACUUUAUCACGCUUCUGCUUACCAUGGACUCGUAUCUCUGCAAUUGGCAGUCUACCAAACUUGGAAGUUCUCAAGUUACUUUCUGGUGCCUUUAUGGGGCGAACAUGGGACAUGAUGGAAGACGAGUUCCAGAAACUCAAGUUCUUGAGCUUAGAGACUCUGGAUAUCGCCGAAUGGAAUGCCUCUUAUGACCAUCUCCCCAGACUUGAGAGACUUGUCCUGCAACAUUGCAAAGACCUUGAGAAAAUCCCGGAAGAUCUUUCUGACAUAAUUUCAUUGGAAACAAUUGAAGUGCAUUGGUGUGGACAAUCUGUGGAAGAGUCGGCAAUUGAGAUUGGGAAAGCAACCGGGGAGAUAAAAGUCCUCAUCAGGAGUUCAAAUUUGAGGUUGAAUUUGUGAAAACUCCUGAUUUAUAUAUCCCGGGGUAUUGGUGCUCAACGAAAGAAUGCUGAAGUCUAUACUUUGAAGGAUCAGCUGGAACUUCAGAGGAUUUCUUUCACCACAAGCAAGACGCUGAUGCCAAGCUUUGCCUUACAUGGGAACUUUCUACUUUUAUAUUCAAUAUUAUGUUUGUUAGAUAAUGUACCAACUAAUGUAACAAUGUGUCUGAAUUUGAUUGCUAAGUGGCAUUUUAGUGUUUCGUUUUUUGUCUAAUGGUACUGAGCUGUGCCAACUUGUCAUCUCAUACAGUUGGUUGUUUUCUGCUGAACCCAUGAUGAACUCUACGAAGCA